AGUAGUAGCAGUAGUAGUAGUAGUAGUAGCAGUAGUAGUAGCACCAGUAGUAGUAGUAGUAGUAGUAGUAGUAGUAGCACUAGUAGUAGUAGUAGUAGUAGCAGUAGU